AGGAAAUCAAGGAUAUUAUACGCCACAGAAGGUAUUAUGAAACACAUAUAUCUGAAUUUAUUUCCUACUUAAUUAUUCGAAAUAACUAUAGAUUAUAAUAAUUGUUUGUUAAUGCAUUCAGACAGCUCAUGGAAAUAAGAGUAAGAAUGUUCUUAAUCCGUUGGAUACAAAUAUUAUAAACUUACCAUUUGAUGUUUCUGGAUCAUUGGACACGCCUCUUUCUUCAAGAAAAACAAGUUCACAUCAGAUGAAGUUAGGUGAUUCAACGAUAACAGGAAAGGAAAAUCAAGGGUAUUACACACCACAGAAGACAGUUCUUGGAAACAAGAUUAUGAAUGUUCUUCAUCCGUUGGAUACUAAUAUUGUGAACUUACCAUCUGAUGUCAAUGCAUGGGAUUCACCCAUUAUUGGGUGUGUCAGCAAGGACGUCACUGUCAAAAAUGUGCAAUAUCGAGAAUCGGAGUUCAGUAACAUUGUGUGCAAUAGGAAACCACUGACAAGUAAAGAAAAGGCAAUUGCCAUGCACUGUAUGUACGAUGAUGGUGUUGAUGAGGACAAGGUACUUUUUAUGUACAAGGAUGUUGAGUUAUGCAGAUAUGAUUUGAUGUCUCUGCGAAGAGGGUGUGCAGUGCAGCCAUCGAUAAUAAAUGCAUGGUCUAUAAUUCUCAACAAUGUUGCUAUUAUCGAGCAUUCAGAAAAACCAGUUCGUUUCUUUGCUUCUGCAGAUAUAUACAUUGAUUGCAUUUUUGAUACUGGAAUGACAUAUGCGUCACGACAACGGGCAUUUUUGGAUGCAAUGAAUCGUGAGAUGCGUUUGUAUCAAAGCAAUGAUAUUGGUGCAAUUGAUAUGUUCUUCUUCCCUGUGUUUCCUAGUGAGCAUCCAUAUGUUAUAUAUUUUGACAUACGAAAGGAGUUGAUGUUCAUCCUAGACAGUUCAGUGAUACUGAAUCAGCACCCUGUUGGAUCAAGUUACGAUAUUUUGUGUGAUAUGUUUUUGUAGAUCUAAAAUGGGCAGACCCAAAAAAUCAAAUUGACUGUUCGUUGUAUUUGAUGCGUCACAUGGAGACGUUUGAGGGCGACACAUCACAUAAUUGGAAUGCUGGAUUGGUGAAUGCAACACAUAUUAAUCUAUGUGUCUUGAGGUUGAGAUACUGCGUAGCUAUAAUAACAUGGGACAAGAAUAAGGUUAAGGAUUCUGUUUUAACAGAUUCAUCUGAAUGUGUCAUUGAACUUGCAAAUAAUGCAACAAAAUUUGAUGCAGUUCUGUUAGGAUGAUGUAACAUCUUAGUUUAUUUUGAAGAAUUGUCUAGGUAUUUAGUACCAUGAUAUUCUUGGUUAAAUUAUUGAG